AUGAUUAAUAGACUUAUAACUAGAUCCAAUAUAGUUUCAAAAAGAUGCUAUACAAUUAAAUUGCCAACUCAAGAGCCUGUCAAACCCCGUAUUUCUGAGUUUUCUCACGCAUUGUACAAUACCCUUAUGAUCUCACUAUCCACAUUUUUCGUAUUGAAUAUCGUAUACAAUAAAUUGGAAUAUAAUGAGGUAGAAUCAAAAUUGAAAUUGAAAUCUCAAGAAUUGGAAAAUAAAAUACAAUCACUUGUUGAUGAAAAGGAUAAAGAAUUGAAAUUAAUACAAUCUAAGAAUCAUAGUUGGAUAAGUAAACUAAAGUUUUGGUAA